AUGUUCCGCGUCGAACUCCUUCAGGAUACAUCAACGGCCAUGCCGGGCUGGUCCUACGCCCCAACGCGAGGCUUCGACCCAACCCAAGCGAUGGCCCCAACCCUGGGCCGAAAACGCGGCAUCCGCGACGCGGGCAAGGGCGGCGAUAUCAGCUCGCGGCAAGCAAACGCAAUAGCUCGCCACAUCGCCGAACUAGACCGCGAAAACCAACGCGACGUCGCGAUCCCAGUCCCAGUCCGUCAAGCACGCGAGGUCGCCGCGCGCGGCAACCGAUCAAAAACAACCUCCAACGUCCGCCGCAUUCUCCAAUCCCAAAAGACCUUCCGCAACCACCUGGAUGAUGAAGAAGCAGCCAUAGCACUAGGAACAGGGGGCGGAGCCGUCGCACAUAGCUCCACCGCCGCUGCAAUCGCCGCUCGGGGCGCCAAAGCGCGCAGUUCCACGCCUGCCAGUGUAGCAGGCAAGAAGCGGCCUUCUGGAGCUAUUACAGGUACAUCUACUGCUACGACAACUGCUGCGUCAACUCCUACACCAACAAUGGCAGAGACGGGGGCAGAUGAGGAGGUCCCAGCGCGCAAGCCCAAACUCAUCAAAUCGGAAUACGAUCAGGAUCCGUUGUUGCGCUCAUAUGCGCCGCCUGUGCCUUCUGAACGACUUAUGGCACGGUUGUUGUCUGAGCCACCGCUUUCUUAUAAUGCUUCUCGGGCGAGGCCGCCUUCUUCUGCGAGACCUGCACGGCUUUUUUGUUGUUUGUGUGGAUAUUGGGGGAAGAUUCGGUGCAGGAUUUGUCAUUUGAGGACUUGUAGCUUGGACUGUUACAAGGUACAUGAGGAUUCGAGGUGUGGUGCUUUCUUUUGA